AUGAAUAAAACUAACUAUUAUAGUCAUAAUAGUAAAAAAAAAAUACAAGAUGCUAUGUAAGUAAUUGUUUUUAUAUGAUAGAUAGCAAAUAUCUCAAUGUAUUAGUACAAAAAGUUAUUAGUCUGUGAAUAAAUUGUAUUAAAAUUUAUUAUUUUAGAUUGGAAGAAAAGAAGAGAAGUGCAUCUAUAGCAAAUCAUUAAUGUUAAGAUCUUUCUAAAACUAUGGCAAAAGAGGAAAAAAAGUGUUUUUCAGUUAAUUUUGAUUUUCUUGAAACUUUAACGAUAGAAAAUCCAACUGUUUAAGAAUUAUUAAAAUAACUUAAUAUAGAGGAUUAGAAUAUUGAUAUAAAACAAAUAAUUAGAGAGAAUCAAGAUUAUUUUCAUCAUCUUUAAAGUAUAUAAUAUUUUAAUGAAGAAAAUUGUGCUUGUUUCCAAUGUGCAUGUUGCAAUUGCAAAUGCAAUUAUGCAAACAAUGCAAAAUUAGUUUAUAAAUCAGGAUAUAAAACUUCCUAUAAGAAAAGCUAUUAGUUUGGAAUAUCAUCCUCAUCUUUUUAUACUCCAGAAUUGAAUUUGAGAUAUUAUGAAUAAAAACCAAUUUCGACCCCAUAUUUAGAAAUGUAAACUUAAUAGAGAAAGGCAUUUACUGCACAUCCUAUAUAAUAAAGAUACAAACGAUAAUACAAAAAGAAUUCAGCUUCAAGAUAAUUUUUGUCUACAACAACAUAUUAAGUAUUAAGAAAGAACAAGAAUUAUAGAAAAUGUAUCCUGAUUGGAAAGAUCAAGACCCAAACAGAAAGAUUGAUGCACCUAAACAUGUAAGUACCCAUUCUGGAAUUCCAAUAUUGACAGUUACCAGUUAUAGCAAAGAUUAUACUAAAGCUCGUCCAAAAACAUCCAAUCUUUCAGCUUCUGAUGUUAAAAAAAUGCAAUAUCAGUAAUCUUAUUAUAAUUUAAAUAGUUAAACUUAUGCUCAUAUCACUCCUAAUUAUUUUGAAACAACUUACAAUUCAGAUUUUUAGAAAUAUCAACAAAAUAAUUAUAUUAAUUCAAAAACUGAACCUAAUAUUGAAAUCUAUGUACCUUCAAGAGGCUUAUCUUAUGACACUGUCACUAAAAAGGCUUUUCAAAAUGGACAUGCUAUUACUGAAUGCUAGGGAACCAAAAUGAAAAAAAUAUUAAAAUUAAGAAAUCAAAGUGCAUCCAUGCUCAAUGCAUAUCUCAAUGAAAUGUAUCAUAAAUAAUGA